UUCGUGAGCAGCAGAUAACGACGUUGCCCUUGCUUGCGUGUGCGUGCGCCUGUCCUUUCGAGUUCGGGUUCGAAACCUCCAAUAUCGCGCGUCCGCUCCUGUUGAAGAAAUUUCGGGUUCGAAAAUUUGAUUAUAGUCAUCGCCGACUUCCAUUCUUCAGUGAAAGCUUUUGUCGCCAAUUCUGUCGACGGUCCGUGUCAAGAAUUUCGCGUCAGUAGUUUCAUUAUUCUCAGUGAAUUUAUCGUAUUACUCCGAAAGUUUUCGUGUUUACGUUGUGUUUCUGAGCGAUGUAUGCCGUGUUUAUUAGGUACAUACAUAUUAUGUAUGUAAAAGUUUUAAUUGUUCGUCGCUCGGGUCUCCAUACUUGAUGGUUGACUCUUCCGUGCUACUUUUAAAUAGCGCUCGUUAUGCGGCUCGUUUUUUGUUUCCAAUAUAAUCUAGUGAAUCGCGAUUAUUGAAAUUUUUGAUUCAUUGUCAUUCAUGGCGACUCAUGAAGCUCCCUUGCAAGUUUCGUGUCCUCAAUCCGACGUUCGCUGCAAGUUAAAUCCCUCUCACAGAUAAUGUGUUUUUAAUUCAUGGUUGUCGCUUCAAAUGUGUGUUGUGGUGUUUUCAAGCCAUUGGAUCUUUUAAAGAAGUCAUGCAGUGCUUGUGGAAUGGCUCCAGCGCAUCCAGUGCAGGAUUUACUUCACACGCUUUUUCCGCAACUGCAGUUUACUCAGUGGCCGCAACCCAGCCCAAAAUUACGCUUGUCCUCUCGAUUAAGAGCACAAGAACGAUCAGCGGGAAAGCAGAAUUCAUGGAUUACUGUGUCUGAGACUUUUAACAAAGAAUACCAGAGUUCUCUGGUAUCUGUAAUGAGUUGUGGUUUUGAGGGUGUGACCACCAGUUCAUGGCAAAGUCUUAAGAUCUUAAAUCAGUUUUUUCAUGUCAUGGUUUCAACUUGUGUGGUAUGGCUCCAUUGCAUUCAAUGCAGCAAAUCACUGCCAAGGAACCGCAGCAGUCACAAUUGUCUCAACAACAGCAGCAGUCACCACAACAACAACAACAGCAGCAGUUGCCGCAACCUCCUCAGCAAUCUCUGGCACCCCUUCAGUCUUCCGCUUUUCAGCAACAGACUGCGCAGCUGAAUUCAUUUCCUCAGACACUUCAAAAUUUCAAGAAAAACUCUGUUUUUGUGAUGAGUAGUACUGAAAAUACCCAAAUUACUAGUUCUGUGAAUAAUUUUUCGCGUCAGGAAAUUCUACCCUCAGGUGAAUCGGCAGAAUCCAGCUGUAGCAGUUUAAGUUCAAUAGGUGAUGGAACAGAAUACAAUAAUGCAAAUGUUCCGAAUAACCGUACGUUCGUUGUGAAUUUUAACAAUAGCAAUAGUAGUAAUGUUAAAAGUAGUUCCGCAUUCGGUCAGAUCAAAAGUGCGAAUUCACCCCCGUACAGUGGCGUAAGUGUAGUGAAAGUGUCUGAACCAGUCGGUGGUGCUACCAGUAGGAUAACUCAACUCAAUUACAACAUUGUAACCAUAAAUGGAGUUCCAACUAUCUCUGUACCGCAUGGAUGGAAACGCCUAAAUGCAAAUGGAACAAUCAUCUAUGUUAGUCCCAGUAACACGGCGCUCAGUACAUUAGAACAAGUUAAAACCUAUCUUCAAACGCAAGGAACCUGUAAAUGUGGACUGGAGUGUCCAAUUAGAUGUGAUUUAGUUUUCAAUUUUGAUUCCAAGAUCUGUAGUCGGCCGGCUUCGUACAAAGUACUUCCGAGUAGCCUGUCGGAUUUGACAAAUUUGUGCAAUCACAAGAGGAAGUCUAUGUCCUCAUCAGCGUCCUCAUCCUCUAUGCAGGCUUACACUCUCCCGCUUCAACCUGGCGCACAACAACCAAAUUUCGAUGCUGCUGGUUUAAGGAGGAAGAAACGCCGCACAGGCGUUGGGUCUUUUGGUAGCGGAAAUGUCUCAGCUCAACUCUCUGCCGAUAGAGAAAGACUUACCAAAGAAAGCUCCAGCUCUCAUCAAAUGCAGGACUGGAAUGAAAGUGUAUUAGCUUCAGCUCAACUCAGUACUAAUAGUAUUAUUGGAAAUAAUUUAAAUCGGUUACCCAUUAACUACCAGCAAUCAAAUGCACCUGUGAUGAACCCCUCUCAACAAUAUAUUAGAUUUAAUUCACCAAGUCCUUCUGGUAUUAGGCCUGGCGAACAAUCAGCUAGUAAUCAGUUGAUAAUCAACGAAGACACAAACUCUAAUGCACCAUUCCAGAAUGCUGUUUACCAAUCGUUUUGUAGCACUAAUCCGACACCUAUCGGUGUGAAUGCUUGUGCACAGUCUUCAGCAUUACAAAGGAUAGCCAAUGAUUUUCCAAAUCAAGAGGGCUCAGGUUCAAGCCAAGUCGUUGAUUGUGCACAGAAUCAGCACCAUCCAGUGUCAGUAGGAGUAAAAUCUCCACUCUCCCAACAGCAAUUGCAACUGCUUCAUCAGCAACAACUUCAGCAGCAACAAUUACAACAGCAAUUACAACAACAACAGUUACAACAACACUUGCAGCAACAAUUACAACAUCAAAGUCAGCAACAACAAAUUCAAGAGCAAAAUCAGCAACAAAAAUUACAGCUUCAGCAAAUACAACAGCAACAACUUCUGCAACAAUUUCAGAUUCGUAAUAAUUAUCAGGCACUUCAACAGCGGCAAGUUGAAGAACUUGGCAGUAAAAAUGUGAACAAUACAUCAUCAGAAUCUUGCUCCAUUUCUCAAUCACCAAUUCAGCCUACUCAAUUGAAUCCAAACUUGGAGUCAAGUUCCAAACCCUUGGUGAUGAACACAGUUGAAACAUUAGCAAAAUCUCACCCUAAAAUUUGUAGUUCUGAAGACCCGAUGGCCAUCAAAAGUGAAUUAAGUUCAAGUCCAUCUGUUCUAAUAUCAAAUGAAAUUAAUCACUUGCCAAAUGUGGGAACUAGUCCUUUCCCAACAAACCAGUCGAAUCAGUUCCAGAAUUGUAAUCCCUCAUUAUUGCAGAGUCAACACAUUGUCAACACUCCUUUAAUAACGAAUAAUCAGCAGAUGAAUCAACAAAGUAUUUUGAUACCCAAUCAAAAUCAGACCGUUGCGCAGCAUAAUAUUGUCGAUCGCAGUUCAUGUCAACCACAAAUCAAUCAGAAUAACUCGCUACCCAUUCAAAAUCAACCAAGUAGUCAGCAUAAUUUAAUAUUACCGUCUCACAUGUAUCCGGCGAACCAACAAAGUAUAACUGUGAAUGCCCAAAAUCAGAUCCUAAAUCAACAAAAUGUAUUGGCUGUUAACACAAAUCAGUCUCUGAGUCAGCAAAAUUUAAUAGGAUUAAAUCAAUCCCAAGUUGGAUCUCAGCAGAAUUUAAUUUCUUCCAACCAAAAUCAUCAGAAUGUAAUACUAUCUAAUAAUCAAAAUCAGGCUCUUAGUCACCUUUCCUCGAAUAUCACAAGCCAAGAUCAGUUAUUAACUCAACAGAACUUAAUGUCUCUUAGUCAGAACCAAAAUUUGGUGAACGGUAAUAACACAACGCUACUUCAAAAUCACAACGUCUUGAGUUCGAAUAGUGCUUCAGGCUUUUCCUCUCAAAGUGGCAAUCAAGUAGACUUGGUGAAUAGUGAGAACAAUUUUAUCAGACAAAAUGCCAGUACUCUUCAGAAUCAGCAGCUGCUUGCUGCCAACCUGGUCCAGCAGCGUUUGAAUCAAACUCAAAUGAUGAACCAGCAUAGUUUCAAUGUGAAUAAUUUGUCCAGUGACCAAACAAGUCUGUUGCGGCAGAUUACGCAAAAUCCAUCCCAAAAUAUGGUGUCCUUGCAUAAUUCAGGAAGUCAAAUUCCGGCCACAAAAUUAGAUUUGCAAAGUCCUGGAAUGAGCUCACUAAUACAACAAGACUCGGCUUGUAGUACUGGUUCUCCCAUAAAUUCCCAAAUUUCAUUGAAUGAGUCAGUCCCCCACAGCACUCCGAACACUGCUACAAUCUACGCCAAUCAUCAAAUUCCAAACUCCCCUAUCAUGGUGCAAAACUCUGUUGGUUUAAGUAACGCUGCUGUGGCUAUUAAUUCAUCUAAUGAUUGUCAGUCUAUUGCUCCAAGUAAUAAUGUUGAUAAUCAACGAAGUACGCCUGAUGCUAAUAUGUUACAUACCAAUGAUUUGAGUCGCAGUUUAAGUAGUAACCCAAAUGUCAAUGCAGGCAAUACUAGUAGCAGUAACAUUUCUUUAUCUAAUAUUAAUGUAAUACAAAAUCAAGUGGGGUCAAAUCAAAAUCAAAUAACUUUAACUAAUCCCCUCGCCUUAUCCCAGCAGGUCAACGCAGUUGUAUCUUUGACCAAGAACUCGAAUCCCAAUGUAAUGCAAUUACAAAAUCAUAACAUGGAGCAAAAUAUCUCAUCUCAGCCAGGAAAUUCUGGCAUCAGGCAGCGGUCUAUUCCUCCAUGGCAGCAGAAUAGGAUCAAUGCUCUUAGUCAGCAACUUCAAGUACAGCCUUCGCCUUUAGAGGUAGCGCAACAGAGUGCCAAUCAGGUUCAAUGGAACGAUGAAAAUAUUACAUUCAAAAAAGCAACUCUAGUGAAACAUCCCACAAAAUCACCUCCAAAUCCGCAGAUAGCGAAAAAACCGAGGCCGGUCAUUGACAGUCAACAACAUCAAGCGAUGCCUCCCAAUAUAUCGGAUAGAUUUUCGCCUUCAACAUCAGCUGCACCAUCUUUCAUGGAUGAUCCAAGUGGUUACCUUGCACAGCAAACAGCGUUGUUGAAUAGCACAAUCUCGCGACAGACAGGACUCCUUAGUUUCAACUGUGAUACCCCAAAUAUGCAACUGACCAGUAACAGGAACGCAACAAAUCCAGGCUCUAAAAAUGCUGGGAGUUCUCAAGGCUCUGAUUCUACUUUCGUCAGUUUCCCAGACAGCAGUGUUAAUCUUUCAAAUCGCAAGUUCUUAGAAAGUCAGAAUAGUAAUCAAGUAGGCUGUGAUCGCAGUUCAACUGCAACAAAUGAACUGAGUCAACAACCAGUCACCUCAUCAUCUAUCCGGACAAGUGGUACCUUGAAUUCUCUACAGAACUCCUUGGAUCCUUGCUCCCCAGUACAAGGUGGCACAGUUAGCACCAGUAUUCAAUCUCCAAUUCAAUCAGAGCGUUGUGUAACUGAUGCAAACCCUGUUCUCCCUCUUGUGCCUAAUGUAGAAACCAAAGAUGCUAAAAAUGAAUCAGAUACUAAAGAAGAAAACUCUAGGCCUACUGGUAGUAGGUUACCUACCGUAGUCACAACUAUGGCAAGUGGUCAUACCGUCAGUAGCAACACGAUAACUUCUGUUCUUGCGGGUCGCACUAAUACUGCAACUGUUUCCAUUAAUGCCCCAGCAUCUAACUCUUCGCCUGUUAUUCCCUCCAUAAUCACAACAAACUUUACAACCACUAUGACUGCUACAUCUUGUCCUUCUGUGACAGCCGCUACCAAAUCUCCUCUUGAAAUGGUACAAAGUGUUGUUAGCAGUAUUCAAAUUCCUUCCUCUACAUCACAAAAUUCAAACUCUAAUGAGACAAAAAUGCAAACUCAACCAACUAGUCAUAUAUUAGUUUCAAGUAACGGUCAUUUUAUCGUUGCAAGCUCUAGCAAUCAGAAUUUACCUAAAGCCCAUCAGCCGUCAAAUCAAGUUCCUUCAAUAGUCUCUCAAGCUAACAGUUCGAUAACACAAGUUUUACCAUUAAAUGUGGGAUCACAACAGGUUCUAAACCAGCCCACCGUUUUGGUUAAUAACUUCUCGCCUCUACUGUUUCAGCAAGGGUUGAUCAAUGUUGAUGGAACAGUCAAUGCAGUACAGAUACCGCAGUUAACAGUAGCAACGAACAAUGUUCUGCAGGCAAAUCAAUUGAUUGAUGAAUGUAGAUCCAACAAUGGACAAUUCUCUCCGCGACAGCAUACUUUACUAUCCCCUGAUAGUUUGAACAAUAAAAGAAAGAAUCUAAACAAGAAAAGAAAAGUUGCUGCUCCUACUGUUGCAUCCAUGCUUCAGAUUGCGUCUCAACAAAACCCACCAGGUAGUCAAAUUGGUAACAUACCAGGUAGUAUGAUGACAGUUCAGCAAGCCCAACCACAGCCUAGUUUCUCCACUCAACAAACAGCACCCAUGCUUCAGACUCUUAUUCUUCCCAACAAAAAUGGUCAGUUCACAAAUGGGCAGCCUAUGAUUGCGACAGCCAAUGUAUUACAGCCUUUGAACCUAGUGCCUAACUUUCCAACAAUUCAACAGUUCAUUGUCCCUACCGCUCUUGGUGGUAUGGUAAUGACUGCGAGUGAUGGCACUGCGACUCUUCUACAAGAUGGUUUGCAUCUGAACGUUCUAACUCCUGUACAGAAUCAUACAGGUGCUGUAUUUAAUAACUCUCAAAACAUCUUGGCAGCAAGUCCUGCAGGCAUGGUGUUGAGGGCUCCUACCGUCCAAACUUCCUCUGGCAAACUCCAAAUCCAAACUACCCCUAAUGGGCAAUUAAUUGCGACUAAUUCUCCUAAUCAGUUCAUUGUAGGCGGAGGUUCCAACAAUGCUUUUGCUGGUCAGCUCAGCCCAAUUGUAGCCAGUGUAAGCCCUAGCCAUUCGUUUGCAUCGCCUAAUGGAAAUAAUUGUAACCAACGACAAGAGUUCAUUCAAUGUAUCACCUCUGGACCAAGAACACCUACUCUGAUGGUUCCUUGUUCCAUCACCCCUCAACAGUGCUCACCUCAAAACACAACCGUUGUUCAAAGAAACACUACCAUAGUUCAGCAACAAAUGACAAUGGUUUCAAAUAACAAUCAACAAAAUGUUUUAGAAAAUCAACAAAACCAGGCAUCAAAUUUGAAUCAGCAAAAUCUUCAAAUUUUACACAGUGAUCAAGGAAAAUCGAAUCAUGGAAAUCCUGUCAUUAUAACAACAGAUAAAAACAACUCAUCCUUCAUUUUAAGUCCCAAAACUGCAAGUGAUAAGAGCACUCAUUAUAUAAUCCAUCAAUCAAAUGUGAAUGACAAGCCAGGGGCAUCUCAAAGCCAACCCAGCUUCAUCAUUAGCAAUGCUGCUCCGGAUGAUGAUAAAUCAGUUUGUGGGAAUUUCCUUCUUAGCUCAACAUCAAGUCAUUCAGAUAAACUUUCGUCCCAAAAUAAGAUAAUUUUGAAUGCAGGAACUGGACAAAAUAACAUUAUCUUGGACCCCAAAAGACAGCAGCAAAAUAAUUUCUUGAAACAGUCGGUUUCAACGCAAACAGCAUCAACUAACACUAUCAACCAACAAAAUUCAUCAUCAAAUGUAUCAACAAAUUUAGUGGUUGCAACCAAUAACACAUUUUCUCAAACAUCCAGCACUCCAUUUUAUUCUGUGAGCCCUCCUGAUACAACGACGCAUAGCCCUAUUGACAGCAACACAGCUCCUAGUCCAGGAUCCACAUCAGGGAAACCAGAGACACCAUCCAGCUCUGUGAAUAUUGGCAGCCUUGAUGAAAAUAAUCUGUCUCCAACAUCAACAACUAUUCCUACCUCCUUGUCUGAUAGCAAAAAUUAUCAAACUCAACCAAUGGUGCACUAUGUUUCCUCCAGUAAUGAGCAAGAAAUCCCAUCUGACUGGUCUGAUAGCUCGGCUAAUAACCAAACUUGGACCGAGAACAAGUAUUUAAACAAUUUAAACACCCUUUUUCUGUCUGCUGCCCCAAGCUCCACAGCAUCCAGCCAAGAACAUAGGUUCAGCAGAGGUCUAGGUAGUGAGAAAAGCCCUAUCAACAGUGCACAUGUAGAGUCUUCUAGUUCCACUAGUCCCGUUCAAAGUUACGAUAGCAUCUCAUCCCACCAUUCAUCAAAGAAUAACACCCGUAAUUACAUGUUUGAAAGGAAAAUCACAAAUCUUCAGCAGAAUCCAUCUUCAAUGGAUCACCGAGUGUCCACAAUGACGGCUGAUGAAGGCAACAAUGAUUCAGAUGCAGACUCAACAUCAGAGUUGGAAGUUGAAGGAGAAACAAAACUUCUUGGGUUGUCGGAAGGAGAUUUGGUGUGGGGUGCUGCUCGUGGAUUUCCUUCGUGGCCCGGCAAAUUAGUUGGGCCUGCACCAACUCCAGGUCGAGUUUGGGUUCGAUGGUUUGGUGGACCUAACUCGGCUCAACUGUCUGAAGUUGAACCGAAAACCUUAAAAACACUCUCCGAAGGACUUGAAGCUCAUCAUCGCGCCUGUAAAAAGUUCAGAAAAAGUCGGAAACUGAACAGUCAAUUAGAAAAUGCUAUUCAGGAAGCAAUGGCCGAACUGGAUCGAAUGAGUGAAACUCCUGAGCAAGGUGCUCCUUUACCUCCUGUCAAUGCAACCCCGAGACGACACAGAUAGUACCAAGUCGAGUGUUGACUCAUACAGGGUUAAUUAGCACAUUUUGAACAGUAGCCCUUCUCAUCACCUCAUUUCAGAAAUUUAUUGCUUACUUCACCCAAUGAAUAUAAUGCGACUGUUCCAUCUCUUUUAUAUCACAAUACUACCUUUAGCCUUUCUUUUUAAUUGUUUGUAAAAUUACUUCGUUUCCUUUGCCUUAUCAAACUGCUGCUUGGUAUUGACAAAUUUUUGUGCACAGUUCCUACAUUUUUACUUUGUAUUGAUUCCAAUUUUCAAACAUUAUACAUCUGUAUCAUGCCAGCAUAAUUCAUAAACAUGCAUAUUAUCAUUAUCUAUUUUGUUGUUAUGGUAUCUGGUAAAGUUUAUCAUACUUGUUAGAACUCAUUGUCUAUUUCUACGUUCUACUUUGUUUUAUGGUUGGUAAAAUAACAUUACUGUAUAAAUGAUAGCUAGUACCGCAUUCAUGAGUUCCCUUAAUUGCUAAUAAUAUAUUGAAGUCUCCUUGGGAGGGUGCUGAGCAUCCUCAGUUAAUUAUAGCUUUUCUCAAUUGGUAACAAUUGAAUGAUGUAAGUAUCGUUCUUUCUGUGCUUUGUCAGUGGUUUCUACCGUGACAGUAGAUCACAAGUGACUCACAGCAACUCACAAGUUUGAUUUAUUGUUAUAAAUGUAGUCUCGUUUUUCUUCGGAGUGACAUAAUUUUCUUUUGUGCAAGAUGUGUGGGAAGCAAUCAUCAUGAAUAUUGGUACCUUACGGCAGUGUUUUCGAUUGAAUAUUGGUACUAUUAAUUUGGGUUUUAAGCCACCAAUAUAAAUAUCAAACCGCCAUAAUGGAUUUUUAAUCAUCUCCUCUGCUUCCAACCGCUCACAAGAUAUCUUGAAUCAAAAUUUAACUAGAACUAUUGGAUGAUCCAUCUACCUGGGAGUCUCACUAAAAAGUACAACAUCAGAAACAAUUAUAUACUCUUUACUUUCAAAGAAAUCGACAUUUGUGUAAACUGACACCAGUGGAGUUUAAGUAUAAUAAUGGAUGCUCAGUCAGUCUUCAGCCUCUCAAAAUUAACCAAUACAAUCAUCUGAUACGAUGAACAUUCUGGAAAUGAAAAUGAUCCAGCCAUGCAAUCGGUAACGGAAACAGUAAAGCUGUAUUGGUUGAGGUAAUUUAGAAAUGGGAUGCAGAAUGACGAUUGUUUUAGCUUUGAAAUUUGAAAAAGAAAAUUAUUAUUCCAACAAUAAAGAGUUGAAUCCUAAAUUUAUAUGUAUGCUAUUCGUAUAUUAAAUGGCUGUUUAUAAUUAAUUAUUGAUCAUUGUAUAUUGUAAAUUUUAUCUCCUUAUAAUGUACCUUAUGUCUCCCCUGUGUAAAAUCUGUAGGUAUUCAUGUUAAGAACCAAAUUUAGACUGAAUUAGUACUUGUAAUUUUUUUAUUAUUAUUAUUAUUAUUAUUAUUUUUUAAGUGUAAAGUAUUUUUAAAAGAAUGUUAUUAGUAUUUAUUUUAUUUAAACGUAUCCAUAAAAAAUUGUAUUGCUGUGAGGAAACAUUAAUGAUGUGAAGUUUUUAUCUCACACUUAGUGUUUCAUUCAGCUUGAACCCUGUUCCUUAAUUAUCUUAUUUAAGUAUCCAGACGUACUUUCUUUUUUUGAAUGUGUAAAUUAUUCUAUUUUGUGUCAUACAAGUAUCUACCAAUGUUUCUUUUGUACUCUAAGAUUUCGACACAGUAGAUAUUAUAAAUUAUGCAGAAUGAUUUAAAUUGCUUUAAGUCUUUCAGCUCCAAUCUUUUUUUAACAUGUGUAGAUGAAGAUUUUAGCUCCAAAAAGCAUCACAUCCAAAAGAUCGUAAUUUUUUAAUACCAGUUUACUGAUUUUGUAUUUAACUUUUGUCAUUGGAAUGGUUGUUAUUAGUCCUGAUAUCUGUUACUUUCAAUUAUUGUUUGAUUUAAUGAGUUGGUUGAAAUCUCAUUACACUUGAUCAUUUCAAUUAUCACGUUUUGAAUCUGCCUAGCAGUAAAAAGCGAAAAAAACAACAAUAUUAACUUAAGAUUGCUACCUCAGACAUUUUCCCUUCACAACCAAGUAUUAUCAUCUGAUGGAUAACACUUUAAUUAAAAUAUUGCAGAAGGCUAUUUAAAUACCUAGUGAUAUCCUAAAAUUUUCACAUAGACGAUGAAACAGCAAAAUUGCAUAUAUGGUUUGCAGUGUUUCAAAAUACGUAUCUACUUCUCUUUAAAUUUAACAGUGAACAAAGAGCCAAUGCGAUUGCUUGCAAUUUUCACAGAAUAUUCUUGACUUAUAAUGUAAGAAAAUCAUAAAAAUGUUCAAGAAAUGAAGUAAUCUCAUCUUUCUCUCAUUUAGAAAUUAAUUUAGAACAGGAAGUCUGUAAUGUCGCAAAUCAAGAUAUGUGUUUUUGGAGUUGAACCACUGAUAUGUCAUGAAACAAGGAUUUUCAAGGUAAAGUUAGUCUCUGGUUCAGUUUGUAAUUUAAAUUACACAAUGAGCUUUCAUGAUUUGACUGAGAACCUUAAUUGUAGACUGUCCAAGAUGGCAUCCAAGAGUAAAAAUCUAUCCUUCAAAGAUAUUCCGUUCUAUUUUUAAGCAAGGUUAAAUUUCCGUCAGUGUUUAAUGGUUGAACCAUUUAAUCGUUAAUUGUGUAAAAAUCUUUUGGGAAUAUAUUCAUUUUGAUGUCUAUCAUAGGUACCUCAUCAAUUUUGAAAUAACUUUUGGGUAAAUCAAAGGCCUUUUUCCCAGAAAUUCAAAAUCAAAAGAUUUUGUUCUAAGUUGCAAAAUAGUGAAUCUAGAAUGAGAAAUCAGCACUUGUGUGUAACCUUCUGAGUAUACAAUAUCUUAUUUAUUUUCUGUGCCAUAGCUCUAUACAUAUGUAUGUGCUUUAAAACUCUGUGGAUUUUACUUUUUUAAGCUCUCUUUUAAGUUCACUCAAAGAAGCUAUCACUGUUCUCACACUUGUUGCUUUUUAUUUUGAUCGUGCACUUGAUUGUAUUGGUAUUUUUCGUCAUUUUUUGACAAACAUUUUCUCUUACGUAAGUUUGUUGUUAAUGAUUCAUGAACAUGCCUUCUGAUUUCAAUAUUUGAGCAACUGGAUCCUAAAAGCAACCACAAAGAAAUCGACUCCUGCAUAAUCUUUGUAACAUCUUUACUUUUAGCUUGAAGUGAUAAUUUAGUUCAAGGACUACACAGAGAUUACCUCUGACUUACUUCUUGUCCUAUGCGCAAUGCGCAUCAUAUGAUCAGCUUUCCUCUUUUCUCUUUGUCCUAAAAUAUUAGUUUCGAUAUUGUAUCAUUGAAACAGAAGUAGCAGGUUUCACUAAAGGAUUUGUUACCACCAGAGCAAAUCUAGUUUCUCUCAAUAAUUUCCCCAUGUGGGAUAAAGAAGGAUCUUCACAAUACCUGUUUAUUUCAACAUAUCGUUAAGUAUAACUUUUCAGCAAUGCUCGCUCAGAUUUUUUUUUUCUAAAGAUUCAUGAACUUAAUAGCAUCUUGUCACGUAUCUAAUUUACUCACGUGGUGUGUUAUUUUAAACCCAAGAUUUAUUUCAUAACAAUACAACUUGCAAUUAAUUUCAGUUACUUAUUAAGUUUCUCUAACAGAGGAUCAUGUAUACUUCUCACAGCCUGUAGUCUAUGCCUUGAAAAGUGCCAGCUGAGAGACAGAGCCGUAGUCUGGCUUAGUACAUUGUAUGAGUGUCAAAUCUCAGAUUCAUUGUCUCAUUGAUAAAACCCAGGAUCGCCAGAACCAGUCAACCCUUAAAUAAUAGGCAGGAUGGCUCACCUGACUGUAACCCUCAGCUGCCAUUUUUUGUGGGAUAGACUAAAGCACAUAAUCCAAUUCGAGUCAUUUUUAAGAGUGCCAUUGGUCAAAAUUUCACACUAUUCUGACCUAAAAAGAAUAAAAGAAAAAGAAACAAAAUCUUUCGGGAGUUAUCUCUCUAUUUCAAUUUUAAACCUGUAAAUAAAAAGGAAAAAUCUCGCUUGCUUACCAAGUUUAAGACCCAGAUUAUUUCUUGAGCAACAAAAUCACCUUCUCCACUUGUAUGUGAGUUUUUACCUUUCACUCUGUUCCUUUGAUGUCUGAAGCAGUCUUGAUUUCAUUCCAACUAGCUGAAGCACUUUACGUCUGCCUCUGCUCGAAGUUCUUUCCUAUCUUUCUCUCUGUUUUAAAUUUAACAAAUAUUUCUAUUAUUUCCUCUACUUUUUUCUAAUUCUCUUACUUCUCUAACAUUACAAUCUCGAAAAUUCUAAAAAUUGAAUCAGAAAAAAAAUCCAGACGGAACAUUAAUUGCGAGUUAAUUGAUGUAAAAUCAAGCAGGGAAAUAAGUUUGCAAGUUGAUGUGAAGUGUAAAAAGGGCUAGAAAAACUUAUUAAUAAAUCAAAAGAUUUUAAUUUGAUGCAAGUAACAAUAAUUUUAGUUUUUCCGACUUAGUGAAAAACCAAAUGAAAUUAAGGCGGUGAAUAUGUUGAAUUUUUCUUCUCAUAUUCCCUUGUCAAAUUUAUCCAAAACUGAAAGACUUUUUAUCCUUGGGAGGGAAGUAUUUUUCUUUUCAGGGCUUUUAAGUCACAAUUCCUCCCUGCGCUAUCUUUUACAGUAUUGAAACGGUUAAUGUGGAUUGAUAAUAGUGCAUAAAAUUCUGAUUUCAAAACUUUGUUCAUUAAUGUCAUAUUGAAUUUUCAAAAACAUCACUGUUUCCCCCAUACCUGCUUUUCCUUUUCAUGAAACUUUUCAUUUAUACAUUUUUACUUUUUCUCUUCUUCUUCCUCCAAGCAGUUCAUGUGCACAGUACAUAUGUUCUGUCAGGUAUUCUUUGUUAAUCGACAUAAAAUGAUAUUCUCAACUUAUGUUGUUCUUAUCCUACUGUUCUUGGUUAUGUUUGUAAUAUUUCUAUUAAAAUUAUAAAUUUAUAAUUAAAUUUUGUUAGUUUUGGCUGUGUUUGAAUUUGUUUCUAUGUAAGUUGUGAAUGUAAUUAUCUUAAAUAACUCGACAACAAGAAGGAAUUGGUUUAAUCUUAUUUUUUUUUUUUUAUGAUAAAGACGAUCAAGGAUGUAUCCUAGUAAAUAUUUUUCUCCCUAUUUUUCAUGUGAACCAUGUUGGCCUCUUUAACACAGGAGAAGAUUUUACAACAAAUAAUAUCCAUGUAAUUAAUUUUUUUUCUUGCAAUUUCAAACAUAAAAUGAAAUCCGCAAUCCAAUUCUAACCACCAGCAAAGAGGAUUCCUGCCCUUGCUUUAAUGUUAAAUCUAAUUUUGCCCUUCCUCAUUUUUCAGGGUUAAUGUCAAGUCAAGUGUUAAGGCCUGUAAUGAAGUCCAUAGAUCUUCUAGGAACAAUGAAUAUUUGUAUCACAACUAUGAAGACUUUUUCCCUGUGUAAUUAACAGUUCGCAACCAUUGAUCUGAUAAUUUUUUCCCAAACAUUUCUCAAAAUUACAAGACAUUCUUUCCUAGCAUGUGUAAAUUCAUAGCUGUGACCAUCCACAGGAAAGAUGACCUUAGUCAAAUGAAGCAACGUUUAGAGAAUAGCAAUUUUUCUACUAUCUAGUAUUUCAAAGAAUAAGCUGAAAGUUCAUUUUUGUAUCAACACAGGUUGGUGAGUUAAACUUUAAUCCCAAAAUUUUGGGCCCCAAACUGAGCAGAAUAAAACCUUCAAUAGCUCAUUCGAGUAAUAAUGUUUUUUGACCUGUUAUAACUUCUUGAUUUGAUUUUACAUUUUAUGGGGUUGUUUGUGCCAAAAUUCAUACAACACCCCUCUUGACAGUUGUACCAAUAGCUGAAUUUUAAAUUUUUUGAUCCUGAGGUCCUUUGAUCCUCUGUCCUGUGAAUGGUCUCAAUUAUGGAGAUUUAGAAAAUAAAAUGUACUGAACUGCACACAGUUUUCAAGUAAGAUAGGCAAUCUAAAUUGAGGAGCUCCCUGGAAGAAGGGCCUAUAGUAUAAAAUUGCGUUUAGAAAAAUAUAUUUGAAGUUUUCCUAAUUACUUUCCUGGCCACUGGCGAUCACUCACAUUGAAGCUUAGACUCCACUUUCCAAUGUAAGUCACCGUCAGUGGCCAGGAAGUAAUAAUGAAAACUUCCAAUGUAUAUGUCCGAAAUGCGAUUCUUUGGUAAGGGCCUUUUUCCCGGGAAGCCCCUCAGUUGUGUUUUUCGUGUUUAUUUAACAAGACUUCCCCCCCCCCCUCUAACCAGGGAGCAAGUCUCCAAAAGCGUCAUGAUCGAUGUGCAAAUUAAAUGCAAUCAUGAUCGACACUUGCAUUUGAAAAUGUUCAAAAGAAAAAUAGACCCAUUCCUUUCCCACAGUUGGCCUCCCUAUUCUGUCCCAAAGCAAACCAAGGAAUUGGCAGUAUUCAAUACCCAGUAUUUAGAAUAUGCUCACUAUUUUUUUUUACCAAUUGUAUUCAUAGUCUUUAUUUCUUACCGUACAAGGUUUCCUUACCAAAAGGACCAAAAAGGACUACUGUUUAAUGUUCCAAGGAUACCUGUUCUUGUUCACUUACAUUGUAUUUUUGCUUUGUUAGCUGUUUAAUCUACCAAAUUCAAACAUUGUAAAGUUGAUUUUCGGAUUUCCAACUAUCAAUUUCAAUUUAUUUCUCAGCUUCAUGUAUGCAUCAGAAUCGAGAUGAUUCAGGAAAAGUAGGGAGUCUUCCUGAAGUCAAGAAAUUUCUUGAGUAUCUAGCGGUACGCUAACCCAAUAUAGUCCUCUUUUUUCAAAAUUAGAAAAUAUUACAUUUUACCUAUCUUCCAGAGUUUUAAAACCUUAGAUUGAUCUAUAUUUAUGAACUCAGUUUUUCUUUGUUUUGUCUCUUUUCACAUUUUUUCUCUAAUUGUUUACUCUUGAUCCAUAGAAUCUUAUUUUUGAUUGAUUUGCAUAUUUCCUUUAUAUUCUCUUGGUAAGAAUCGUAUAAUGGUCCACAUUUUCUGCUAUUUGAAAUGGCUGUUGGUAAAUCUUUACAUAGGCAUCAUCGUCAUAAAGAAUAAUCAUUGAUCUGACCGUUUUUAUUUUUUUAAUUUCCUAGGGUUUGCUGAAUAAUUUAUGCUGUAAGGAAAAUUAUCUAAAUACUCUAACCCAAAUCAAUUCUAAAAGGAAGGUAGAGGAUGAGGGAUGGAGCUUUUCCGAAAAAAAAAGACAAUUUUUAUAAGCCUAUCAAUUUUUUUAAACAUAAAGAGUCUCAUGAGAUUUUUUCAGUCCCAUUUAAUUUUACUCCGUACUUUAAUCAGAAUGAAUUCAGUUUGUCAGUUUUAGCGUUGAUGAGCUGAUUUACACACAUUUAAUACAGAACAAAUGUAUGAUAGGACUACUAAUGCUUGCUUGAACUGUAACCCUCACAGUUUGUAGAUGCAUGUCAAUUCAUCGCAAUAUAACCAAAAACUUAUUCGAUUCUCUCUGCAAACCCAUAAAGCCCUGAAAGUCUAAAACUUUUAAAAUGAAUUGUUUCAGUAUUUUUUAUCGGAACUGAAAGAGAAUGCUCUACCAAAUUUUAUUACCAUCAUCUUAUCCUAAAACCCAUCCUAAUAUUAUUGACUCUUUUUCAUUCUCUAUCCCUUCUUUAAGUAAUGGAACAUGUCUACUCUUUCCUGUAAUUUUUGCUUUGUUUCCUUUCAUUACUAUUAUGUAUCACCACCUUACCUGCAUUCAACUGUUUUGUAGCACGUUGCUCCACAAGUUUUAAGUAAGAUUUCCUUCUUUGACUCUGUUCUCAUCUUAAGAGAAAGCCAAGAAUAAGUCGAAGUUUCUUUCAGAAUUAUUAUGAUCGAUCCAGUUACUUCUCUUCUUUGCUAUCUUUUCUAGUUUUAUUCAAGAAAUGUAAAUCAACAUAAUGUUCUAAGCCAUGGGAAAAGCAAGAAAAUAAAUUAUUCUGUAGUUCAAAAUUUUUAAAAUCUUUUAGUACCUAGUGUUAAGAUACCAAUGAAGUAUGUAAUAAAAUUAGAAAUUUUUUUAAAUCCUGAAGUCACUCAGAUAGGUAAUCUGUUGUAUCCAGCCAUACAUCUACACGUACAUGGAGUUAGUCAGUGUAAUGUUUUUCCUACACUAUCCUGUAAUUUUUAUGAAAUGUUUGUAAGAUAUUUCAGAUAUUCUUUAAUUUUAUACGUAUAACAGCGUAGAGUAAAUAUAUUUCUAAGUAAUUGUAAUUAACAGUGAUGUAACUAAUUUUUUAUAAUUUGUUGUUUUUCUUUUUCUUUUCUUUUUAGUUUUUGUAUUAUGUAUUUAAAUCUAAAACACUUUUCCAUGUCUCAUUAAAAAUUUUAUAUAAUUUUCAACCAA